UCUCCUCCUCAUUUCUCUUUUUAGCUAUUAAUCAUUGUGCACCACUGAAUUCUAGGGUGUUUUAAUCCAUUUGCAGAGGUCCUGCUAUGAAUCUCUAAGUGGGAUUCUCUUGUUGGGAAAUUCAGACUUGAUCUGCUGCAUGAAUGGCUCUUCUUCUCUGAAUUUCUUGACUGCCAUUUCCAGUCCCUCAAUGGAGGUUCCAGAUAUGACGGGGGCAAAGAAGGAUGAAAGUCAAUUGAUUUCAGCUGCUGCUUUUGUGGAAGGGGGAAUACAAGAUUCAUGCAGUGAAGCCUGUAGCAUAUGCCUUGAGGAUUUUUGUGAAAGUGAUCCUUCAGUGCUGACAACUUGCAAGCAUGAAUUUCACUUCCACUGCAUUCUCGAAUGGUGCCAGAGAAGUUCCCAAUGUCCGAUGUGUUGGCAAGCCCUAAGCUUGAAGGAUCCUUCCAGUCAAGAAUUACUUGAGGCAGUGGAACAGGAGAGGAGCAUUAGGGCCUCAGCAAGACAUGCAACUGUAUUUCAUCAUCCCACCCUUGGCAAUUUUGAAGUGCAGCAUUUACCAGAUGGUAUUAUUGAUGCUGAACUUGAAGAGCGUAUCAUCCAGCACUUGGCAGCUGCUGCUUCAAUGGGAAGGACUCACCACAUUGGUAGAAGGGAAGGCCAGAGGAGCCGGUCAUCUGUUCGUGGUCAUCCACACUUCUCAGUGAUUUCAACUCACCCUGGUGCACAUUCCCUUGGUCAGGUUUCUGCCUCGGGUGAGGAGAGUGAACCAGCUAUCAUAACUGCUGCAAGUCCAUCUACCCCACUUACUUCAGGUGGAGAUGAAUCAUCACAUUGGAGUUCACAAGUUCCUUCUGUUCAAACUGAUGGAUUUUCUUCCUCCCCAUCUGGGCCGACACUCAUGCAACCAAAUCAUCUAGGAAUUCCCUCUAGUCACUGGAGCUCUACUAGUCAUUCCUCACCAAUGAAUCAGGAAACAGCAGGACCAUCAGAUAUUCAAUCUAUUUCAGAGUCUCUGAAAUCAAAAUUUAAUGCCAUGUCAAUGAAAUACAAGGAGUCAUUUUCAAAGAGUACAAGAGGAUGGAAGGAUAGGCUGUUCUCUCGUAGCCCUUCUAUGUCAGAACUUGGUUCUGAAGUCCGGAGAGAAGUCAAUGCUGGAAUUGCUAAUGUAUCUCGAAUUAUAGACCGCCUUGAGACCAGAGAUACUAGUAGAGUUGGCCAGGAUCCUGUAGCAAAUCAAACAGCUGAUGGUUCUUUGACAAACCGAGGUAACCAGAACAGCUCUAAAAGACAUGGGGAAACUCUGACAGACAACAUUAGGCCUUCGACACCCUGUGCUGCAGACAUGACAUGCUGAGCUUGAGAUGCAUUCUGCGAGUGAAGUUGUAUAAGGAAGGGCAAGUCUUGAGAUGAGGGUUCCAUCUGGACAGUCGACAUAUAUAAGGGGGUUUAUUUGUCUGUAAAUAUAUUUCUAUAUAUAAACCAAUAUGUAGCGCUUUAAGUAUGUCUGGAUGGUCUGGUACUCUGGUUUGACGUUUGAGACUUCUUUUCAAUUAUAUAACUUCACCGUAAAGCUGCAGAGCAAUAUGCCAAUACGCAUAAAUAAGUAUCCUCUACUAUUAAGGAAGAGUGCUCAAUCUAAAUUGGGUUUUGAA